AUGCCGCAUUGCGAGCUAAAGGUCAUGGAGAAAUUCAACGGAGACUACAGCCACGCCGAUCACACCUCCACGGCGCACGAAGCCUACACCCCGUCAAGGGAACUCACAACGCUCCUAUCCCUAAUGGCGCUCACCAACCAACCAACAACAGCAACAGACAUACCGCCGCGCCGCUUCCUCCUGCAAGAACACUACCCGCCCCCCUUCCACACCAACCCGCUAGAUAUCGAGAGCGCGAGAGAAGGCUGGGUGUUCCUAGCCUGUCCGGGGUCCCCGGAGAAGUGCCCCCAUUGCAAAAGACACCCGGCGCACACGUCCUGCAUCGUGAUCGCCAUUGACGGCGCCUGCCAGAACAAUGGAAGCACGCAGGGGACUGCGCGCGCCGCGUUCGCCGCGUAUUUCGGGAAGGGGAAUGAGCUCAACACGGCGCGCCUGGUGGGAGCGGAUCAGCGGCAGACGAGCCAGGUUGCGGAGUUGGCAGGUGCCAUUGAAGCGCUGCGCAUUGUCGCGGGGCUGCCUGAGGAGCAGAAGCCCGAUGGCAAACUUUAUACCGUGACGCUCAAGUCGGACUCGGCGUAUGUGGUUCAGGGGGUGACGGAGUAUCUGGCCAAGUGGAAGAGGAACGGCUGGCGGAAUGCACAGGGCAAGGCGGUGGCGAAUAUUAAGCUGUGGAAGGAGCUAGAGGGCCUGGUUGAGCGUGUUGAAGAGAAUGGUGUUGGAGUCUGGUUUUGGCUUGUCCCGCGCGAGUUGAAUCCCGUUGCUGAUGCUGCGGCGAAGUGGGCUCUUCGCCCGGGGAAUAGUUUGCCUUGA